CCAGCAAAAAUGAAACUUAAAGCACACUGGAGCUUUGUUUAGAAUCAAAUGGAAAAAUGAAAUGGAACACCUUUCGUUAUGGACACACCCUGAAAGAUAUGCCAUUUAUAUACCUGCUUUCAGGAAGAAGCAAUCAGCUUCAAAAGCGACAUCAGAGAGAUUCAAUUUGUCCUGGUUCAAACAUGUGGGUUGAAGACGACUUGGGCCCAAGUGCUCCACCUUGCCUUGAUAGUUACAUAGAACCAGCAGAUGGUAGAGUCUACAGAAUGUAUCAUGGGACAUCAAGGGAGGCUGCUGAAAAAAUAAAAGUCUCUGGGUUCAAACCAUCUUCUAAAGGGAUGCUUGGGCCUGGUGUUUACCUCAGCCGAGAUCUAGAGAAGGCCUCCAAAUACCCUCUGGAUCUAGAUGAGCAUCGGAAAGUGGUUCUGAGAGUGAAAGUUGAUGUUGGGAGAGUGAAGAAGAUUGACCAUCAAGGUCAUCCACUGCAGUAUACCUGGCAUGAGAACGGGUAUGACACUGCCUGGUGCCCUCCAAACUGUGGCAUGGUGCGAAGUCGUCUUGAGGAAGACUGUGUUUGGGAUCCGAACCGAAUCACAGUCAUUGGGGAAAUAUGCCCUAAAUCACAAGUAGCUAAAGGUGCAUGGCAUGCGCGUUACUGAAGUGUACUUUCCCAUGAAGUGUGAAAUUAUUAGUUCUAAAAUAUUUUUUGAAAAUGCUGCCAGCUGUUGACAACUCCUGUGCUUUGAAAUGAUCAUCAUAUUGUAAUAAAUUAAACAUACUUCAUUGACACAUCUUUGAGUUACGUUUUUAUUUUCUUUAAUA